GACUUGAUGAUGGGAGAUAAAGGAGCAUAGACGAGCGUAGACGAGCGCGGAUGGGUGUCAUUGUUGUGAUUGUCCUCCUGCGGAUGGGAGAUUCGUAGAAGGACGGGGUUCUACCUCUCGUAGACUGCCCCAUCUCAUUGAUCUCGUUCACGACCAUAUGCAUGUCUAUAGCAUAUGCCUCACGCUCACGGACGUUCGCACACUCGAUCGAUUCUCCCUCACCCGGCCGCGGAACUCGGCACCCACCGCCCCAACUAAUGAAUCCCGUAGAACCACCCAGCAACUUUCAUCAAGCUGUCCGGCCGUACACUAAACUUGACAUGGCGAGCAUCCUCUGGCCUUCCUACCGCAUUACGAUCACCUUCACUCUAACUUGGUCGUAGCUUCCACCGGGUCAGUUUUCCCAAUGGCCGCUCGGAUAAACGUUAACGCGCACACAUGUGAAAACUCGCGCGAGCAGGCGACGAUUUGAUAAGAUCCAGAUCAAAGAGAUAAGAUCAAAUUGGUCGACAGAGGCCGUAGGCAGCCUGACUCGGUGGAGGUCUACACAAAAAGUUAGGAUACACGGCCUCGUUCAGCUGGGUGUACUUACGUCGCGAAACUUAAGUUAUACCGCCCCAAUUGGGCCGUCAUGUUGCCCGUGACUCAAUUCUCAAGCUUAAGCUUUGCGUUGUGCCGGCCUCGAGCUCAUUCCCAG